UUCAGGAUUGAGUUGAGCGAGGCUCAAUGAGCCGACGCGUUACUUGUCAAUUAAUUAGUAUUUUAUUCACUAUUUUGUUAAUUAACUAAUUAAUUAAUUUGUUUGUAACAGUCUGUAAUGGCGGAGCUUGGUGCCAUGGAAACAUAUCUAGUAAUAUAUGGUUUUCCGCCAUAUCGUUGCUAAGAAGCCAUAGGAGAGCAGUCAGUUCUUAGUGUCUCCGUUGCUAGGGAAAUGUACUCCAUGACCAUUGACCUUUAACUUUUUACCUUUGACUCCGAUUGCUAAGGUCUGUAAUGUUCUCUUUCCCGUUGCUAUGGUCUGUCUGUAAUGGUAGGGGUCUAGGGGGGGGAGGAGGAGGAGGAGCCGGAAACCUCGAUUUAAAACUUACACUCACUAUUUUCUUCGAAAAUAUACACGAGUUCCACAAAAAAAUGUUAUCGUUAUCUGAACCUGACAAAUGAAUCGUUUUCUUUUCAAAUUUUUCAUUGAUUUUUUCACGGGAUAACCAACCGGAAUAUCUGAACGCAACGUGCCUAUGAAAGAGGUCACAUAUAGGAUAACUGAUUUGCGAGAAAGUCGACAAUAACUAUUCAUUUCGUCCUAUAUUUCGAUUCGAAAUCACUUCUGUGGUCUAUACUAUUUGUUGUAACAAUUCCUCAAUAGGAAUAAUUUAGAAUAGAUUUUCAGAUUCAAAUAUAAAUUCGAGAGCUGUAUGCGUACUCUUGAUAAAGUGUUUAAGCUUUCACUGGAAAAGUCAAGUCAAGUACUAAACAUCCGUGAUGAUAGUUUUGACUGCUUCAUGCUGUCUUGUAUAGGUUUUUGUGAUUGGUGUUAACUUCUUUUGUAUUUGAGUACAUGCAAUAUUAGACAAAACAAAAUAUGUUGCAAUGUUUUUUUCCAAUCGCGAGAAAAAAAAAUGGUAUUUUUUGUGGAACUCACGUAUGUUUUCGAAGAAAAUAGUAAGUGGUAGUUUGCAGUUCGAGGUCUGGCGGCUUCCUUCCUUCCCUCCCCACCCCAUUACAGACAUAUAGCAACGGGAAAGAGAACAUUACAGACAUCCCCCCACAUUACAGACACCCUCGAUUACAGAUAGGCCACCAUUACAGACAACUCCCCAUUACAGACCUCAGCAACCGCGCACAGAAGGAUUCAGAUUCUGUACAAUAUUCUAAUGCAUUCAUAGAUAUUUGAAAAAAAAAAGUAUUUUUUAUUUGACAAGUAAUGCAUUAGACUAACAAAUUGGAAGGAUAUAUGUGAGUUCCACAUUUCAGCUUCAAAGGAGCUGCGCUGAUAAGCUUUUUUCUUUUUAUUUUAGUUACAGCCUAAAAAAAUGAUGAGCGCUACCAAAGAAUAUCACGAACAUCAUGACAAAAAAUUAUGUGUUGCUGCUAUUAUUUUUUCUGCAAUCGGUUUACUUUUGCUUUGCACUGUAAACUAGAAAAUACGUUAUAGAGUUUAAUGAAGGAUAUUCUAGGAAUGCCCAUAUGAAUUCACCGAUGAAUUUUUAAUUCUUUGAAAAUAAGGUAUUCGAAACGCUAAGAAUAAGAAAUUUGAUUUUCUAAUUAGAAAAUCGAAAGUGAAUUCAUAUGGGCAUUCCUAGAAUUUCGGAUUCUAUUUAGCAAUUCGAGUAUUUUUUAAAAACUGGAAAAUGGAAUUUUAUUUUCAUUUUCAUUUUUAUUCGAUAUAUGGAAUAAAAGUGAAAAUGAAAUUCAAAAUUGAAUUUCAAAUUUCUAGAAAAUAGAAAAUGUACUACAAAUUUCUAUUUUCAAUAGUAAUGUUGUUUUGAUCAAAGUGAGCGUUGUAAUAAUGAUAAUCAUAAUCCUACAAAUACAAACAAUAUAAUCAUAAUCAUUAAAAAUAAUAACAUAACCAUAAGUAUUGAAAAUAAUAUCAUAAUCAUAAUCAUUGAAAAUAAUAACACAAUCAUAAUCAUUGAAAAUAAUAACAUAAUCAUAAGUAUUGAAAAUAAUUCCAUCAUCAUAAUCAUUGAAAAUAAUAACAUAAUCAUAAUCAUUGAAAAUAAUAACAUACUCAUAAGCAUUGAAAAUAAUUCCUGAGUCAUAAUUUUUGAAAACAGUAACGUAAUCAUAAGUAUGGAAAAUCAAUUCCAUCAUUAUAAUCAUUGAAUGUAAUUCCUUAAUCAUAAGUAUUGAAAAUAAUAACAAAAAAUGCAACAUUAUGCUAGAAAAAACUAUCAAUUUCUGUUUUUAUGAAAAGAUAAUAUUAAUUCGGCAUGACGUAAGAAGAAAAAACACAAGUCAUAGCAAAAAUAAUUCGAGGAUGUUAGCUGAAAAAUUUUUUGAUAUAAGAGAAUUUGUGACGAAAAAGUCUAUAUAUAUUAUAAAACAAGCGUUUCGACUAAAAGAAGCACGUCUCAGAAUAAAAAACUGUAUUUUUAAUAUAAUAAUACUUUAUAAAGAGAAUAUUAACUAAAGAUUUUUUAAAAAAUACUUCUUCUAUCUUUUAUUAGGGAUAAAACUAUGUGAUUAAAAAAAUAAUUGAUUGCGUUCGUCAACGCGGUACGGACUAACACAAACUAUAGCUAUAGAAUAAAUUGUUAAUCUGCUCGAUGCGGCUGCCGAAAAGAAAAUGAAUGAUCCACGUUGUCGAUUGAUUUAUAUAUCCAACUGAACAAUGGCCACUAGACAGCUAUUGUUUAUUUGAUUUUCUGUAAACCUGUGUCCGAUUUUUAAAAUUAUUGGAAAAUCAAGCAUUUUUGACAUACUGAAAAUUCGUCGAAUAAAUCAUAAAACCUUAAAAAUACUUCAAAUUAUUUGAGAUCGAUUCUCCAAAAAGUGGAAUUUAAAAAAAAUUUACAGUGUGUGUUGGUGCCGGUACACGAUCAUGGUAUGUGGAGUACGAUUCAACAGGACUAACAGCUAUAUGGUAUACCAAUUCUUUUUAUACGUGCUAUGCUAUAAACGGUACAUGUUGGAGUAAUCAGGGUUUACUUUCUUCAGUGAGUUCUGAUCAACAACCAAUAACAAGAUCAGCAGGUAUAUCGACUGAUUAUUAUCUUCGUUUGAGACAUGCAGCUGCAUUAUUGAUACUCGGCAUAUUAUUCGUUGCAUUUGGCUUGAUUGCCUCUGUAUUUUUAAUGUUGCCAAGUGGAAAAAUUAAAAUAUUUAAUGGACGUUUAAAUAUAUUGACAGCCUUUCUGUUAGCUGUUGCUGCAUUAUUUCAACGUGCAGCAUUAUCUGAAGGCGCACGUGGGUUGAACCAUAAUAGUUAUUCAGGAGAUCUAUAUCACACUGGUCACGCAUUAACUAUUGCUGCUAUACCGCUGUGUGCUUUUGUGGCUGGAAGAAUCCCUCUUUAA